ACUCACCAGCACGGAGCAGAGGGGUUUAUAGAACACUCCGUGUGUGCGCGCGUGUGCACGCACCCCGGUGUGCCACCCUGCACCCCGGUGUGCCACCCUGCACCCCCCCACACUUGCAGCCCCUCUAUCUGCCUCUCGGGCAGCUCCUUCCUGAGGACGAGCCGGUCGCACCGCAGCCUGCCCGGGCCCGGGAGCUGAAAGGACGCACUGGUCGGCCUGUCCACCAUGCCUGGAGCUGCUGUCCCAAGAGCAUGUGGUGGCAGAAGGAGAUUGUCCCUCUUGCUGGUUUGAAGGAUCCUGCAGGGCUUGGCCAUGUCUCCCUGGCUGCUGGUGGCCAUCAGAGGCUCCCUGUGGCUGGUGCUGCAGGGCUGCUCUGCAGCGCUGGGCGUCACCGAGAGCCGAGUGGCAGCUGAGGGAUCCUCCGUCCUGCUGCAGGCACCUGAGCUCCCCAACAUCAACCUCACCGAGUGGGAAUUCAUCCCGAGCAGCAGCCCACAGCUCAUCCUGCAGCACUACACACACUCCUCCUCCCCAGUCACCUACUCAUCUGCCUUCCAAGGCAGAGUCAUCUUCUACCCCCAGAACAGCUCCAUCCUCCUGCAGAGGCUGCGAGUGACAGACAGUGGCAUCUACAGAGCAACAGUCGAUCUGAUGCAGGACAAAGCCAGGACGACCCUCCUCGAGGUCCUCAAGCCCGUGUCCCAGCCAGAGAUCCAGUACAGUCCUAGCCUGGCAGGUUCCCCCAUCGAGCUGACCUGCGUGGUGCCCGAGGGAAUGGUGGCUUCCAUCUCCUGGAAGAAGGAGGGACGUCCCCUUCCCCCUGAAAAGUGCUACCAGCUCUCUGGAAACACCACCGUGCUGCAGAUACAGAAGGGAGAGAAGUCAGACUGUGGUUCCUACUCCUGCAAUGUCAGCAACAGAGUCAGCUGGAAGGAGACAGCCCUGAACCUGACCCUGGCAGGUCUCACUCCUCCUCUCCACCACGCGCAGAGGUUGGUGGUCAUUGCCCUCAUCUUCAUCACUGGCUCCACUGCCAGCUUCGUUGUCCUGCUGUGUCAGAGGAGGCUCGGCUGCACACAUCCUGAGGGUGGUCCUGAGCAUCUUUGCCUUUUUUCACCAGGAGAGAAAGCACAGAAACAUCUCAUUGUGUUCACCCACGGGCUGCUGUGCAUCUCCUCUGUCCUCCUGCUUGCCACCUCCAUCAUCUGGCUGCAGGAAGAAGGUCCUUCUGCUGCCUUCAUCUUGCUUGGACUGUUCCUCUGUGCUGCAGUCAUAGGAGCUGCUUGGGCAGCAGUAGAUGCCAUGUGGAGACCAGCAGCGACCAGCCACCUCAAAACCCAAAGGUGGCAGCGUGUCAUCCUGAACCCUGCAGCCCCCACAACACUCGUUGUCAACUUGCUCUUCACCAUCCUCUUGCUCCACAAUAUCCAGCAGCUCCAUGAGCGGGGCUGCUCAGAGGCCACUGAUCUGACCACCUAUGCCUGUGUCACCGUGGCCAUCCUGGCCAUGCUGCUGCUCCUCCUGAUCUUCCUCACAUGUCACAGGAAUAAGCAGCAGAAGAUGAUGGGAAGUCCCCACACCUCCCAGGCCAUAUACAUCACAGCCCACUCGGUGGUGGAAGAAACCCGAGGACAGAAGCAGGAAGGGGAGUAAAUGGAUGUCCCAGAAAUGGUGUCCCACACACUUAACCCUCUACAUGGACCUGUCACACCUCCUGCCUUCUUCCUUAGCAUGUUAGUGAGUCAACAACACAAAAAAAACACACCCAAAAAGACAUGUAAGUGUCAAUCAAGGGGAAAAGCUCAUGCUCUGGGGUGUUUUGAGGACUUUGCUGCAGUUUCCUCCACCAGAAUAUGCUCCUGUUGCUAAUGAGUGUGGACAACUGCAGCCAAGCACGUGGAACCCCAGGAAUAGCCCCUCUUUGUUCCAGGAGGGUUUUAGUGUCACCCCCUCCAUGCCCUCCUUCCUCCUCCUCCCUGCGUCCCUUUUGGAGGCCCAGGGAGCUGGGUGGGUGGUCGCUGGGGUGGCAGCUCUGCUGUCCCCCCCCCUCACUUGCCUUCCCUCUGCUUUGCAAGGCAAAUUGUCCCUGUGUCACACCCCCUUCCCCAGAAACCUCAGACCAAGCCCCCAGCUUUGGAAGGGAUCCCUUUGGGAAGGAUGCCCAGGAAAGGCAGCUCCACCCUCAUCCCUGUGCUCCCUGGGAGGGGGACUUAUUUUUUAAGGUAUUUAACAUAUUCCAAAGGGUGAUUUCCCUGAGCUGAUUUCCCUUCUGGGGGCUUGGAGCCAACUCUGCAUUCACACCGUGGCCUUCAGCAGUUUCCUCUGCAGGCUGGAGCAGGUGAAGUUGGAGUCAGUUCUGCCAAGGUACCUUGUGUUUGUCCCCCGGGGUGUUGAUCCAUAACAAAAAGUUAAAAAAAAAACCACUCUUCUUUGGUUCUUUUUGUCCACUUUGUUAGGGUUGCUUUAAUAAAGAUAUUUCACACGGACACUUC